AUGGUCGAAGUUUCUGCAGCCGUGCUGGAUAAGGACAAGGUGGGGGAGCACAAGUCGGAGGGGCAGGUCGGUGGCUCUCCUCCUUCUGGUGGACGGGGGAGGCGGCAGAGGACAGGCAGUGCUGACGACGCCGGAGGCGCGGAAGUUGGGACAACGCAAGGCGCCAAGGAAGCUAGUGGCAAGGCGGGCGGUCAAGCAUUGUGCCAGAAGGGCCGACCCGCAGCAAGAAAAACAUCCAGCGGAAGGAGAGGCAAGAAAGCAGUGGCGGGGACGAGGCAGAAACGGGGCGAUGAACACCCUGGUGAUGCGGAGGAGGAGGAGGAUGAGGGGGAGGAUGCGGAGGAAGAGGAGGAUGAAGAGGAUGCGGAGGAGGAUGACGCGGAUGUUAGGGAGGAUGAAAAAUAUGAGAAUGAUGGCGGGGAGGACGAAGAGGAGGAUGAGGAGGAGGAGGAGGAGGAGGAGGAGGAGGAGGAGGAGGAGGAGGAGGAGGAGGAGGAGGAGGAGGAAGAGGAGGAGGAUGAGGAGGAGGAGGAGGAGGAGGAGGAGGAACAGGGUGACGACGAGGAGGAGGAUGAGGAGGAGGAGGAGGAGGAGGAUGUGGGGCCAGUGAAGGGACGGGGCGGGCGUGGCAGACGGGUGAGUGGUACAGGGAAGGUGGGGGGUCGGACUCGCCCUUCCCGAAAACGCGGGGCAGUUGACGCCGCGCGCAGCGAAGCAGCGGGCAAACAGAAGGCGCGUAAGGUGAAGGUCGAAAGUGAAGGGGGUGGUAAAAAGCAAGGGAGCCAGGGAGCAAAAGGGGAUGGAGGAGGAAAGGGUGGCCGCGGCAAAGGGGUUCCAGUGGGUACCGGCAAGAAAGAACCUACCGGUGAAAGUGCGGAGCACGAGCAGUUUGUUACACGGGAGGAGUUCCAGGCGCUGCGGUCUGAGAUGUACGCCAUGUUUGCACAGCUCGGCCUGCGUCGUGGAGUACCUGCCAGCUAUGCCGGCGGGUCGGCAGCUCUGCCUAUGGCUGGUACCCCGCCGCCGAUGAGCGCCGUGGACAAGGCACGAGUGCUAGUGUUGCACGAGACAAAGCCAUUCCCAGUAUGUGGCGCGCCAAUUGGGGCGGGUUGGGGUUGA